AUGGCACAUGAUUCAGUGUGGUAUUCGCGCCCGCGCACCUACGGCAAGGGUGCUAGAGCUUGCCGUGUCUGCACCCACAAGGCUGGUCUCAUCCGCAAGUAUGGCUUGAACAUCUGCCGUCAAUGCUUCCGUGAGAAGUCCAACGACAUCGGCUUCACCAAGGUCAGG